GGGGAUGCCGCCGUUGCUGCUGCUGCUGCCGCCACCGCCGUGGGGAAGGGGCGCAGAGGAGACCCUCGGGGGCUUCGCCGGAAAUUACAGAAAGCUGCUGGGCUGGAUAUUUUGGUGGCACCUAUGGCUAUGUAUGAUGAAGAUAUCUUGAGGAACCCCUUCUACUUAACCAUGCAGAAACGACGACCGGAUCUCUGCAAGAAAGUUGCCGAAUUCCAUGGAAUGAUACUGGUACCUUGUAAAGGCAGUCUUUCAAACAGCAUCAUUUCAGCUUGCCAGUUUGACUCUUACAUUCUUAAAGCAGCAGACAACAAUUUCCACACUUUGAAUGGAAAGGAAGUCUUUAUACAAGGAAACAUGAUCAUCCUUGGGGGUGAAUUUAACCACCGUUGCUCCAUACCUAUUCUAUUUGAGGAAACGUUUUAUAAUGACAGGGAAGAGAGCUUUAACAUCCUUUGCAUAGCUCAUCCUCUAGAAAAACAUGAAAAUAAAGAACCACCCUCAACGACAUCCAACUCUUACUCCUUGAAAAACAUGGAAGAUGUGAAAGAAUUCUUGGGAAGGCAUGCAGAAAAAUUUGAUAAAGCCAUUGCAUCUUUCCACAGGACUUUCAAGGAGCAUGACAGGAAAAUCCUGCGGCACUAUAUAGAUUCGGUGAACGCCCUCUACACCAAAUGCAUCCAGCAGCUGUUGAGAGAUUCCCACCUUAGAAUGCUUGCAAAGCAGGAGCUUCAGAUGAACCUGAUGAAACAAGCUGUGGAUAUGUAUGUCCAUCACUCUCUCUAUGACGUCAUCUUCAAAUACGUGGGGACCAUUGAAGCCAGUGAGGAUGCGGCUUUUAACAAAAUCACCCGAAGUUUACAAGACCUGCAGCAGAAAGACCUGGGUAUCAAGCCUGAGUUCAGUUUCAAUAUCCCACGGGCCAAGCGGGAACUGGGGCAGCUGAACAAGUGCACCUCUCCACAACAGAAGCUCCACUGCUUGCGCAAAGUGGUGCACAUCAUCAUGCAGUCUCCAAGUCAAAGAGUUAACAUGGAAACUAUGUGUGCCGAUGAUCUUCUUUCUGUGUUGCUCUAUCUCCUUGUGAAAACAGAAAUUCCUAAUUGGAUGGCAAACCUGAGCUACAUCAAAAACUUCAGAUUUUGCAGCUCAGCAAAGGAUGAACUGGGAUAUUGCUUGACCUCAGUUGAGGCUGCAAUAGAAUAUAUCCGUCAAGGAAACCUGUCUGACAGGACACCGGGAUCUGAAGGAUUUAGUGAAAAGCUGUUCUUAAGACAAAGAAUGAAUCUUCUCUCUCAACUGUCCACCACCCCGAUUGACUGCUUGUUUAAGCAAGUUGCUUCAGGCAACCAAGAAGAAGUAGAACGCUUAUUGAGUCAAGGAGACAGCGAUAAAGAUGCUUUGCAAAACAUGUGCCAUCCGCUCUGCUUUUGUGACAAAUGUGAGAAGCUAGUUUCUGGGAAGCUGAAUGAUCCUUCGAUUGUUACACCAUUUUCUAGAGACGAUCAGGGAUUUACUCCACUCCAUGUAGCUGCUAUUUAUGGACAAGCCCCGUUAAUUGACUUGUUGGUCUCCAAAGGAGCUGUUGUCACUGCCACGGAUUACCACGGGUCAACCCCCCUUCAUCUCGCCUGUCAAAAGGGAUAUCAGAAUGUUACACUUCUCUUGUUACAUUAUAAAUCAAGCACGGAAGCGCAGGAUAAUAAUGGCAACACUGCACUCCAUUUAGCCUGCAUUUAUGGGCAUGAGGAUUGCGUCAAGGCUCUGGUUUAUUAUGAUGUCCAUUCUUGCAAGUUAGAUAUUGGUAAUGAAAAAGGAGACACUCCUCUUCACAUAGCUGCUCGCUGGGGCUACCAAGGGAUCAUCGAAGUCCUCCUGCAGAAUGGAGCCAACCCAGGCAUUCUGAACCGGAUGAAAGAGACACCUGUGCAAUGUGCAUUAAAUUCAACGAUUGUUUCCUUAAUGGAACUGAACUACCUCACUUUUGAAAAAGGACAACAUGCUUCUCAGUCACCCGUCCAAUCUUCCUCGUCUUGUGAAGACACCAUCAGCCAAGUAUCAUCCACCUCCAGUUUAUCUUUCAUAAUACCAGUGACAACAGUGACACCAGAAGAAACCAAAUCUAAUUAUAAAGAGGUGGACAAACUUUUAAGAGCAGUUGCUGACGGAGAUUUGGAGAUGGUGCGUUAUCUCUUGGAAUGGGGAGAUGAUGACCUGGAAGAUCCCAAGGAAGCAAGCAAUAUGGGGACCCCAGAAUUAUGUCAUCCUUUGUGUCAGUGUUCUAAAUGCAGUCCUGUGCAAAAGAAAUUCUUCAGGCUGCCUUCGAAUGGCCUCGGAGUGAACGUUACCAACCAAACUGGUCUGAUGUCACUGCAUGUUGCUGCUCUACAUGGGCAUGUGGACUUGGUAGCCCUCUUACUGAAACAUGGAGCAAACAUUGAAGCCAAAGAUGGGAACCAAGCAGGACCUCUCCACUUUGCCUGCCAGAAUGGUCAUUUUCAGGUAGUGAAAUAUCUGAUAGAGUGCAGAGCUAAGCAAAACAGAAGGGACAUUUAUGGAAAUACCCCCUUAAUGUAUGCUUGCUUGAACGGCUAUCAGGAGAUAGCAGCCAUUUUAUUACAGCAUGGAGCCUCAGUUAACCUUCCCAAUAACCAAGGGAACACACCUCUUCACAAAGCGGUGAUAGGAAAUUAUGACGCUGUGGUUCAGUUGCUGCUGCAGAAUGGCGCAUUGGUGCACCUUAGGAACAACAGGCAAUGCACCCCUCUUGACUAUGCUGAACCUAAUUCAGGCCUCCUCAAGCUUCUUCAGGCUGCAGCAUCCGAGGAGGAAGCCAGACAGACGCUCUGCAAAACUCACAUGACACGAAGGAUCAGGAAAAAAAUCAGUUUUAAGACUCCUGAGACAACGGAGGAUAUCAUUGCCCAGCACCUUCAACUACUCGAGUCAAUCCACCGAUUUAACAAAUCAAGAGACCUGCGCAAAGCCAUAACAAAAGAUAAAAGUAUGCCUAACUUUGAUGAAGAAUUAUUGCACCAGCUAGCUAUCAAGAACUUUAAUAACAAGCAGAACCCAGUGGAUGUGUUAGAGAAAAUCCAGACUCAUAAUCUUGAUGCCAACAGCAGUGAUGGACCUGUAACAAUUGAAGGUGAUGCAGGGAUAGUGCCUUUGAGAAAAAGAGAAGUACAUCGGAGUCACACUAUUAGCGUGGCACUUUCAACAACAGAUAGCAGUGACUUCUACAGUUUGCCCAGAGAUGCAAGAGCUGCUUCCACUGACAGCUGUCCGGAAGAUUGAUGCUCUAAAACAAGAUGAAUAAGGAAAUCUGGGUGUCUUAAAACAAGGAACAUGAGAUUCAGACAGAGUGGUUUUCCCAUUCAGCAUUGAAGAGGCUACUUGGGAUUAAUGUUUUCAAAAUUACAUCGGACGUUCAGCAGGAAGAGAUGCUUCCCCCUCUGACUUGGCAUGGAGUUUGCACUUCUGGAGACUGACACUCCUGUUUAUUUUAGAAUAAAUCAUUAAAAUCCUGUACAGUAGAUCAAUAUUUAAAAAACAAACAAACUAGAAAUGUAUUGAGAUGUCAGAAUCUAUAUUCUAUAGUAUUGCACUCUCUAAUCAAUUUUAGUAAUAAUAGGUAUGUGAGAGCAAAAUGUUUUAUGGCAUUUUGAAGGAUUGUUCUAUUUUUAUUCUGAAAAAGCAGUGGUUUUAGUUGUUGAACUGCAGAUUGAUUGAAUGCUUACAGUACUCCCAACAGUACAAGGUGUGUUUAAAAGUUAAAAGAGGCAAAAUUGUGUAGCUGGUUUAGUGCUCACUAAAUUGAUUGCAUUGAAGGUUGCAACAGGGAAAUUAAGAGUAAUAGCUUUUAACAAAGGUACAUUAUACCUUGUGGAAGAGAGUAGACACCCAAUUAAAAAGAGAAUUCCCUCUGUGAGCAGAGUUGAAACCUUUAUUCAGAACAUGUUUGUAUUCUACAAAAUGCCCACAUAACUGAGCAGCCCAACCACAUUUGCUAUUUUAAAUUAUGUAUUUGUGGCACACAAACAGGACUACUUAAAAUGAGCCUAGUUAAGCAGAACACAUUUAAGUUGCAAUUUUUGAAAAGCAGCUUUAUUGCCCUUACUUUCAAAGGCACUUCUAGUCUGUUGUGCACUUUUAGAAAUGGAAUGUCAACUUUAGGUGAACAUUCAAGUCAAUUAUGGUGAAUAGCGCAAUAGUUUCAUUUCAUAUUUGUGUUUAUAUAACGUUUGUAUACAAAAUUGUGUGCUUUUUAAAUUGGUUUAAUAUGUCUUAACUUGUUUUAGGUAGUUAAGGUUGUCUUAGAAUUUCUCUGUUCACUAAUAUACGGUUUAAAAACAGCCUUAGCUUGCUGCUGAAAAAGUUUAUUUUUCUACUAAGUAAUUCACUUAAUUUUCAUAUGUGCCUUGGACUUGUGCCAAAUAAUGUAUAAACUAUAGUAGUAAAAAUUAACAGUUCUGUGUUCUUAAUAUCUGACUCUAAUUCAAAAUUACAGUUUGUAAGCUAAUCUAUGUGUGUCAAAAACAGUUUCCUUAAAUGUUCAGAAUGUUGCUGAUGCCCAUAUAUUUGGAACACAAGGUAUUUCUUGAGGAGCAGUGUGAUACUUGAACAUAGGAUGAAAUCUCACCUGCUUGGUUAUGCUUGGAUUCACUUUAAUGUUUUAUAUAAACCCAACUAUAAUGCUUAUUCAACAAGCUAAUCAAAUUGUCUCAACACAAUCUAUGAAUACAGCUACAGCUGCCCCUCAAAACUACAUGGAGAACUCUGUAUAUUUACAGAUACCAUCCUAGAUAGAGAACUUCCAGUGUUGUACAAAAUGUGUAUUAAGAAAAAAACACUUUGUGGAACAGGAAUAGACAAGAAUUGGUCAUGGCUAACUUUGCUCAAUGGAAAGGUUUUAAUAGAUUUCAGAGCCCAUACAAGCCAGAAAAAGAAUUUGUCUUUUAACACUCUGACUUACAUAGGGUAGAUUGUAUGCAUGGAUCAAACACUUAUGUUCAGUAACAGAAAGGCAUAAAAUUGUUUACAGUGGCAUCAUGCAUGAAAGAUGGUCUUUGAGCUGCCUUACAACUCUGAAAAUGGGAAAUAAUUUCAGAAGUGAAUGUGUUUAUGUGGUGGUGGAUUACACCAAGA